UGGAGAGACUCUUUAGGGCGGGGUGCGUGGAGUCCAGAAUCACAUCAUUCCUUUGGGUUUGAACAUUAUUUUAUCAGUUUCAUUGUAUUGCCUAGAGAGUCAUCGUUUUCCCUUCCCUCGGUCCUGACAACAGCGGAAUGACAUCAAGAUUGGAUGACAACGAAGCCCGUUAAAAGAUCCACAUCUCGAUGAAUGUUUCAUCUUCCAUAUCCCAUCGCCACUACCUUCCUGGCCGUCCUUCUGUCUGUAUUGGUUUACCGAUGGGCUGAGUCCAAAGCCGCCAUGGGCAUGUUCAGACGACAAUCUACUAUGGAAGAUAGCAGCCAUGACCCAACCACAUCUCCUGUCGAGGCCGACAUGCCUGCGUCCGUAGAGCAGGAAGCGCCUCUGUUGCAACUCCCCAGCGAAAUCAUUUACCAGAUACUGUCCCACCUCCCCUGCCAAUCUCUGGUGUCGCUAGCCCGGUGCUGUCGACAAUUGCAAGGCCUCACCCAAUCCGAUCUACUCUGGGCGGACUUGCUUCGAGCCAACAUCCCUCCUCAAGACUUUCCACCCGACCCAUAUCCCUCCUCCUCAUAUCGCGACCUCUAUAUAACCCAUCACCCGUAUUGGUUUCUCUCUCGUCACAAGAUAUGGAUCUCAGAUGAGCCUCAUGUUGGAAGAGUGAUGAUAUGUCGAUUUGAUCCUAGACGAGGUUGCAUUGAAGGGUACCGGCUCCUGGCCGAAAGAAGUCCAUUCACUGGUGUGACAUGGCCUUAUGACACAAAUGUUCACAUUCACAUGUUCCACCCUCGUGUGCAUCUAUGGUUGGACGACCCGAUUCUGAAACUACCACAUGAUGUGAUUCCAUUCAACACAAGACAGGGUUGGUGGGAAGGCGAGAUCAAGAUGAGUGUGGGUAGACCCGGCCACAAUACAUCGGCCUCGUUUUUCCUCAGUCGAGACAUCCCACCUCGGUUACAAAAUAAGAGCAUGGAACUCUGGCCUCCACGGACGAUCCCCAACAUGCCCCGGGUGCGUGCUGUGAGUAUCGAUAAAUUCAGAGGUCAUGGCCACAAGCCACAAAAAUAUGACGAAAUAUCGCAGACGACUUUUCGAAUGAGACAUUGGUCGCAGUUCACCACGGGGAUGUCGCAAUUCGGCAUUCGCAUUGGAGAAGAGGUCAGCACAUGGAGCACCAUCGAUCCUGUUCUUUAUACUCCCACCAAGGAGAAACCAUAUCAAGGCAUCUAUGUCGGCGACUAUGCUGGACACGGGUGUGAGUUUCUGUUGAUUAUGCAGACGGAGAAAGCGCCUUCGCCCCCACCUAGUCCGGCGGCAAGUCGCUACCUCCGUGUCCUUCCUGGAGAUUCAGACGAGGAAGGUGACACACCCAUUCCGGACUCUUUCGAUACCACACCGGUACAUGAUCCAGAUGAGGGAAAAUUCCACGGCGCAAUAGAAGGAGUAAAAUUGACAGGCGAUCCCAAUAUUCCUCGCGGAGAACAUACCUUCAUCGCAGAUGAUAUUGGCCCGGGAGGACUGAUCAGGAUCGCGGAGGAGAAGCCGUUCCAAGGGGCAAGAAUUGUUCGAAGUCGCGGUCAUGUGGCCGCACGCGGGUUUCAAAAUGACGAAUUCAUCGAGUCCCAGCUGAUCAUGGUCAAUCACAAUCUGCUGGCGCAGUACUGGCUGACCUUUGGUCACAUAGCCUACUAUCAGAGGAUCGAUAUUGACCAGUUGCUCAACGACACUUUCGGUUAAUUUCGAUGAAUCGGUCAUCGACUCACUUAUGAUAGCGGCGGAGGCGCAGGAUCAUGUGGCUCAGGAUGGAGCUUCUACGGCACAGAAGACGCAUGUACGAAAGUAUGAAUGAACAUAGACG